AAAUUCGUGACGCAAUCGAGGUCGAACCCACAUUUCCGAAUUUUCAUUUUUCCGUUAUAUCUAUUACUCGCAUCGUCAGCUAUUCAGUUUGAAAUCCUCGCCAAAGUCAAAACGCAAAAACAAAGUCAGUGACCCCAGACCGCGACAAGUCCCAGAGCCAUCAUGUUCUUAGCACUAAAGCCACAUCUUUUAAUAAUAUUCGUAUUUAUAUCACCGUGUCACAACACCGGUGACAAAAUCGCACAAAAAGGGUUCCUCGACUUCUUUUUCAGCCCGUGUAACAAAUGCAGAUGCGGGGUCCCGAACAGAGAAGCGCGGUUUCACGGGGGUGAAUAUCUGCGAGGGUACGAAUUCCCGUGGGUCGCCUUAGUACAAGUCCACGAAGAACAACACGUAGAGAGUGUGCCUGGAACGCUCAUAAACAACAGAUACGUGAUAACGUCGGCUUCGCCUUUAGCUGGACUGACGCCGUACCACGUGAAAGUCACUCUAGGCACCUACAACAAGUGCAUUCCAGAUGUGUCUUCAGCAAACGUUAGCGUCUCCGACAUAAUCAUUCACCCGGAUUUCAGCGCUGAAAACCACGCCAACGACAUCGCUUUGCUGAAACUGAGCACUCCUGUUGUCUUCGAGCGACGGAUUUCGCCGAUUUGCUUGUCAAUCCCGAGUUAUAAUUAUUUAGGACAGGUGGCUACGGUGGUGGGGUGGCCUAAGGAUAAGGGUGCCACAGAGUCGUCCUGUCGUCCCAAAAAAUUGGGCCUGCCAGUUUUGGGAGGCGACGAAUGCUUGGAAAAUACACCUCAUGAGUUCAGCGCUGAUAAAGGAUGCAUCGGAUUGGUGGGUACUGUUAGUGUAAUUUGUGGGGAAGAUGCUGGAGUGCCGGUUAUGUAUAGGUCACACGGUGGAAUUUACGAGUUGAUUGGAAUUUUGACGAGUCAGAAUAAAUGCGUUUCGGAAGCAAAAAGCGUUGGCUUGUAUACGAAAAUUAACAAUCAUUUGUCUUGGAUUAUUCAUGGCACGAAGGAUGCUUGUUAUUGUGUUAAAACUUGAAAUUGAAUACUCGAUUAUCAAUGUGAAACUGCUUACUUUUUGUUACGCUGGACAUUAAGUUUUUCUUGUUAAUUUGGCCUCAGAAGUUUAAUAAAUUGUAAUAAU